AUGGAGGACCCGUUCCAUCGCCCACUCCCAUCCAUCAACGUAUACACCUUCUUCGCCCUCGCCAUCCUCGACGUCGCCGCCAACGCAGCUGCCGGUCCCGCCGCCGUCGCAACAGCAACCCACGUCAAUGGCGGCGUCUUGACAGCCCGCGCGCUCCAGCUCGGCGCAUUGGCCGGUGUCACAAAAUCGGGGGUUCUGGCAUUCAUCGAGUUCGUGGGAUAUGCAGGUAUACCAGCCCCAGCAUGGGUACUGCUGAUUCUGCUAGGAAGCAGUUUUGGUAUUUGUGUGUUGAUCACGGCGGAGAUAUCGAAUAUUGUGCUUGGAGAGGCACCAAGUGCGUUGCUCAUCGCGGCAGUCGUUGCUGCUAUCCCUCUCUGGGGCGAAUGCAUCGGGAUAUAUCAGUCGGCCGGUGGUUUGAAGGGCGGCAAGCCCACGACCCAGCUACUAGUCAUGGGACUCGAUUCCCUCGGGGGCUAUGUGUUUGCUCGGAUGGCACAUAAUGGAGGCUAUGAUAUCUGCCCAUACAACGUGGCUGCUGCGGCGGGAGCAGUGUAUGGUACCAUAACCGGCCUCUUCCACACGAUUCUAGGCUGCAUAGCUGGAGUGCAGCACUAUGAAGCAACCAAUGGGCAUUACACCGUCACGAAUGUCUUCGGAUCAGCUUCUGGUUACGACCCUGACUGGCGGACCCGGCAGGGUAUUUGGUGA